AUGUGUACUUGUGGUGCUAACUAUAGCUGUACUUUAACUAAGAAGAUAUUGAAGAGCCAACAAGAUCAGAGGCUCGUGUUAUUCCUAAUGAAACUGAAUGAAGAUUAUGUUCAAGCAAGGACAAACAUACUCAUGAUGCAGCCUUUACCCAAUCUGAGUACAGCUUAUAGGCUUCUGGUGCAAGAAGAAAGACACCAAGAGGUCAGCAAUGUGGUGGCUACACAUGAAACUAUGGCGUUUGCAGCUUAUGACAAAAGAAGGUUCUAUGAUAAAACUACUACAUCAAGAAAUCAGUCCUCUUAUAAGCCACAGAACCAACCUUCUUUGUCUGGAAACAAGAGGCCUUCUGUUUGGUUCUGUGAUUAUUGCAACAAACCUGGUCAUGGCAUCGACCGUUGUUACAAAUUACAUGGGUUACCUCCACAUCUCAGUGGACACAAAGACAAGAAAGCUGCUAAUCUUGUUCAAAUAAACACUGAAGCUGAUGAUCCUAAGCCAACAGAAGCUAAGACUAUAUCUGUUGAACAAUACAAUCAACUCUUGUCUCUCUUAAGCAAACAACAGCCUCAGUCCCUGGAUGUUCUUUCAUCCACAUCUAAUGAUCAUGGCAAUGCUUUUAUGGCAGGUAAAUUUUGUUUUAUGUCUAGCACUGGCUUAUCUUGGGUACUUGACAGUGGAGCCACUGAUCACAUUUGUCACAAUCUGGAAAUGUUUAAUACUUAUCAUGUUGUUGAACACCUUGAUAAUAGUGAUAAUACUAUCACUAUCCCUGAUGGGAGAAAGAUACAAAUCAUGCAUAAAGGAACCAUUAAUCUUUCUACAAACAUCAUCUUACAAGAUGUUUUACAUGUCCCUCAUUUUCAUUUCAAUUUGCUUUCUAUACCUAAAAUUUGUCAAGAUCUGAAUUGUUCUGUGAGCUUCACAUCUACUUCUUGUAUUCUCCAGGGACCUACCUUGACCCAUCCUCUGGUUCUUGGUAACUUGCAGCAUGGCUUAUAUUGCACAAAUCUUCCCCAGCAAUUUAAGUCUUCCUUAAAAGAUUCAAGUUCUACUGAUCAUAUUGCUUCUACUUCUAUUUCUUCUGUUAAUAAUUGUACUGAACAAGCCAAACUAUGGCACCUCAGAUCAGGUCAUUUACCAUUUCUUGCUCUCAAAAAUGCUUGUCCUACUAUUGAUCUAGGAGAUAUCUCUUCUUGUAUAUGUCAGCUAUCCUCCACAUCAGAAGGCUUACAAACUUCUCCAUUUACACACAAAGAAAAUUAUCAUUCCAGAGAUGUCAAGUUUCAUGAAAAGAAUUUUCCAUUUCAUUAUUCUUCCUCUCAUGUCCCAUUCACUCCUAUAUUCUUUCCUAUAGAAAUAUCUCCCUCUCCUCUUGCUUAUGAUGACAUUCCAGAUGUAUUUUACUCUUCCCUUCCUUCAUUAUCUUCACCCUCACAUCCAUCUCUAUCUCCUGAUGAUGUAUCCCCAUCUAUUUCUUCAUCUACUACUACUACUACUUCUAGCCCCUCUUCCAUUACUCAUUCACCACCUUCAUCUUCUCCUAUCCACAUUCUUACACAGCCUCCUUCUACUAGUGUUUCAUCUUCCUCUAUUGAUCAAACACUUACCCCUUCUCUUCCUUCUCCCAGAAGAUCUACUAGAACUACUAAAAUUCCAUUUCACCUUCAAGACUAUACCUUUUCUUUAUCUAACACGUCUUCUUCUGUUAAUUUAUCAUCUUCUGCUAAUUUAUCUUCUUCUGCUAAUUUAUCAUCCCACUGGUGUAAUCUUGUGCAAUAUUCCUCUCUUCCUAGCUCUCAUCAUGCUCUUGUUUCUCAAAUCUCUUCUAUUGUUGAACCAAGUUCUUAUGUUGAGGCUGCUAAAGAUCCUAAUUGGAUUCAGGCUAUGGACAAAGAGCUUUCUGCUCUCUCUCUCUGCCAAUAA